AUGGACAGCCUCCUGAUGAAGCAAAAGAAGUUUCUUUACCACUUCAAAAAUGUGCGCUGGGCCAAGGGGAGGCAUGAGACCUACCUGUGCUAUGUGGUGAAGAGGCGAGACAGCGCCACCUCCUUUUCAUUGGACUUCGGUUACCUUCGCAAUAAGUCGGGCUGCCACGUGGAGCUGCUGUUCCUCCGCUAUAUCUCCGACUGGGACCUCGACCCGGGCCGCUGCUACCGCGUCACCUGGUUCACCUCCUGGAGCCCCUGCUACGACUGCGCCCGGCACGUGGCCGACUUCCUGCGGGGGAACCCCAACCUCAGCCUGCGCAUCUUCACGGCUCGCCUCUACUUCUGCGAGGACAAAAAGGCCGAGCCCGAGGGCCUGCGAAGGCUGCACCGGGCUGGCGUGCAGAUCGCCAUCAUGACCUUCAAAGAUUAUUUUUAUUGCUGGAAUACAUUUGUGGAAAACCGCGAGAGAACUUUUAAGGCCUGGGAAGGACUGCAUGAGAAUUCCGUCCGUCUUUCCAGGCAGCUUCGGCGCAUUCUUUUGCCACUGUAUGAAGUGGACGACUUACGUGAUGCAUUUCGUACUUUGGGACUUUGA